CUCCCCAAUCCAUACCAUCUCUAUAAUACAUUUUCCUCCAUUAAAUACUUUUUUUUUUUUAUUUAUUAUUUUUUAUUUUUAAAAUUACAUUUCAAAAUUAACCAAAUAAUCAAAGAAGUUAUUAUCACUUUCAUAAUUUAAUUGGUUGGGUUGCUUCUAAAUAAUUCCAAGCCUUAAUUGAAUAAUUGUUGAUGCUCCAAGUCUCAAGAUUUAACUCUGGUUAUGGAGGCUAAUAGUGAUUCGGUUGCUUUUUCGGUGGCUUGACAUGUAUGUCGAUGGCAGGGCAUAAUGAAAUGGUGGUUUUCCACGUUCCGAUGGCAGGGCUUGGCUAGAAUGGUGGUUUUGGUGGCUGGGUUUGGCUAGAAUGAUGGUUUUGGUGGUUGUGGGUGGCUAAGAAAGUGGUUUUGAUGGAAGGGAAUGAAGUUACCGAGAGAUAUACAGUAGAUAUGGGCAGUGAUUAGAGAAGCAAAAAGAGGAGUAUCAAACAACAAAAUAUAAUAUGGCCGAGGUACGAGCGCAGGACGAUCUUCUGUUGUUGAUGGAGGACAAACAACUACGAAAGCUUGCAAAACUACUGAGGAACCAGGAAGAGCCACUCAGUCAAAGCAUCAAAUCGGAGCCUGAUCGCGCCAAGUACCUUGAAGAAUGCAACAAUGCUUAUGACAUUGUUGUCACACUGCUACAAAUAAGUACUGAUUUACGCGACAAGCAUGAGGCAGCAAGGGACACUGACAAUUUGAAGGCGAACAUAGCCACAGAUAUUCAGGAUUAUGUCAAGUAUGGCAUUAACAUGGGCCUGCAGUGUAUCCAGAACUGUGGUAUGCGAGUGACUGUCGUCGAAAGCCUUAAGACACACUUCGACGACAUGGCCACUGAACUUAAUAUGGUUGAUUCCAGGGGUGUCAAUGAUAUUGAAAGUUUUGCUGAGGAAGUGUCUUAUUACAAGAAGUCUAUGUGGGAGUAUGUUACGAACUUGCGAAGUGGCACGUCUCGUGCUCACUCCAAGGCUUACUCUGAUGCACUUAAGCUAGAAGGCAUUGAGUUUCCAAACCUUGUUAGCAGGCACAAGAACAAGCUUGGAUAUAAAGAUGAAUUUGAAUUUUUGGAAGAAGAUCAAAAGCUUGAGGUAUACAAUAGCAUCAUAGUGGAAUCAGGGCGUGCAAAGAUCCCAACCAUGUACAAGAGGAGCAAGCCUCCAGGCGCAACAGCAGGUGGGGUUGCGACGAUGGCAGUAACUGCAGGCAUAAUGGCGUGGGACAUCUUCACAGCCGAGCACAAGCUUGAGUCUGCAUUAAACAGCGCCGUAUCAGUGCUUUCAGGCGCAGUCUCUUAUGCUGUAAAUGUGGCUGUUAGCUCUGCAGUAGGAACUGUAGUAGCAAAUGCACAAUUGGGUGUUCUGAUGGUUUCGAUGGCUGGGUUUGUGGUUGGUGCUGUGGUUGGCAUUCUCUUUGCUGCCGCGACUGGUGCGAUUCUUGGACUCAUCUUAGGGACUGGUGGUAAAGUGCCGCCUAACUUGGAUGAUCUCAAGUUUUAUUCAGCUACCAUGCCUAAUGGUAUGGCCAUUGCAAAUGAGAUCUCACACGACAGUUGAAUUAAUUUUAAUUCUACGAUGUACGGUCCAUAUGCUGAGUGAUAAAUGCAACUCUCCAAUAAUAAAAAAAUGUAUGCGAGUUAAUAUGAUUUCUGGAUUGCUAAAAUAAGUAUCUCUAAUGUAUUAGUACAUGUUUAUUUCACAAUUAAAUUGAAGGUAAACAUUGUGGUGUUGUUUAAGGUUAUAAUUCACCUUAUUUUUUGCUUCUAA